AUGCAAAAUCUCACUGGAGAAUCACAUAAUUUUAGCCCAGCAAAUUCUUCACCAGCUAUCAGUGAAUCUAGUUAUGUUGGAGGAAACUCUAUGACUCCUCAAUUCGCUGAAAUGCUUGGCUAAGAAAACAAACAGAAAUAGCGAAAACCAAAAUAAUCUAAAAAGCAAUAGUCUCAAAGACUUUUAGUAUCGAUGAUUGAUAAAUAACCAGGAAGUAACACAAAUUUGAAAAGGUAGAGAGGACCUCAAUAAUUACCAACUAAUUUGAAAGAAUCAAUGCAGAAAAAUAAGAGAUAUGCUCUAUUUUUCAGAAGGGUUAUUCAAGACAAAAAAACAAAAAGAUAACCAACGAAGAAUUUGCUUUCUUUGUUGAAAGAAAAUGCCAAGAAAAUGUUACACGAACAUUCGACUUCGAUUAAUAUGAAGAGAAUUGAUACUUUUAAUCCAUUAAACAUUCCUAAUGGAGCAAUGCACCAGAAAACUAAAACAUCGCUGAGAAUAGAUGAUAUUUCAGAAGAUCGCCACAAAGAAUUAGAAGAAGAGGAAGACAUGAUGUCAAUGAAUGAGAGGCUAAGUUAUGAGAGAAGCUUUUUAGUUCUAUUCCCAGAUUCUUAGCUUAGAGCAUUUUGGGAUCUAUUUUCCUUUCUCUUCAUUCUUUAUCAAAGUUUAAUGCUACCAUUCAAGAUUACAUUUGAACCUACUCUGAGCUAAGAAUUCGUCUACGUAGAUUUAUUCCAGGACUGCUUUUUCCUGAUGGAUGUUGUUCUAAACUUUUCAACGGGGAUCAUUAGCAAAGGAUUACUGGAAGAAGCAUAAACCGUUAAGAAUCCGAUAUACAGGACACCGAGGUUGCUUAGACUCUUCAAAAUUGCUAGAAUGCUAAAAAUGCUCAAACUACUCAGAGUAUUUAAGGUUUAGAAGUAUCUUAUGAAAGUUGAAGAACACAUUGUAACGGACUUUAUGAACAUGUUGAUCACUUUUUUCCAAUUGGCAUUGAAAAUAAUUUUCAUUUCACAUUGGCUUGCUUGUUUUUUCUGGUCCAUAGGGAAAAACUGUAUGGAUGAUGUUGAAAUAUGCUGGAUUAAUGACGCUGGUGUAUAAGAUGAUGAAGUUGUAAGCUAGUAUACAACUUCUCUUUAUUGGGCUUUCACCACAAUGAUAACAGUUGGAUAUGGAGAUAUAACACCAAUGACAACAAAUGAAAGACUUUAUGCCAUGGUUGCUAUGAUUGUUGCGUCAGCAUCAUUCUCUUUUACCCUGAAUACUAUAAGCACUCUUGUGAGCAGAUAUAACUUACUUGCUAGAAAUUACAAAGAGAAAAUGAACUUUGUCACUUAAUUUAUGUUAUCAAAACAGGUACCUGGCGACCUCCGUAUGAGAAUAAGAAGGUAUUUAGAAUAUGUAUGGGAAUCAAAGAAAGAAAUAAAGAUAGAUGAAAAGGAGGUUAUGGCUAUGCUUAAUUAGAAUCUAAGAGAGAAAAUUACAGUUUAUCUUAACGGGAGAAUAUUGUAAAAGAUGAUCUUUUUCGAGCCUUUUGGCUUAGAUCUGCUCAGUAUUACUACAUUUCAUAAUGUUUAUUAGGAAGGAGAUGAGUCAAAGCAUCUAUAUAAUAUUGUCUAAGGAAAAACAGGAAUGAUCCAUAAAGCAUCCUACUCUUACUUUAUCGAUUUGGGAGUUGGUGAUAAUUUUGGUGAAAUCGGCUUUUUUACAGAUAAUCCAAGAUUACUCUCAGCUAAGUCUAGGGAUUAUUGCGAGCUAUAUUGCAUAAGUAAAAGGGAUUUUGUUAAAGUCGCCGAAGACUACAUAAAUGGAAUUUAAGCAUAUCAUACGAUCCGUAGUUCCCUUAUUGAUGAAAAAAACUACUAUAUAAUAAACAUUAAGUGCUACAUUUGUGGGAGGAAAGGCCACGUAGCUCUGACCUGUCAAUUUUUCCACAACAGAAAAGGCAAUCUUAGAAAAGCUUUUAAAAAGCUUCAAGUGAAAUCAUUUAAAGAAGACUUUCUUGGAAUCUCUAGAUUGCCUUCAUUAUCUUUUUCCUACAUCUACGAGGAAGAUCAUCCAGAGAAAAACCGUGCUGCUAAGCUUGGAGGACUCGUAUUAGACAGAUAAGUUUGCUCAUCUAAGGUUGAUACUGAUGUUGUCAUUAAAAAGAAUAAAUUACUCAGGGAAGCCUACUUCCAAUCAACUGUCUUCCAUCAGGAGGAAGAUCUAUAUGAGAUGGUAUUUAACGAAGAUGUCGAGGAUAAAACUGUCGUAGAUACCAAACUUAGACAUAGACUUUACCAUUAUAAGACCUCGCACAGUAGAAUUUCUCUUUCAUUUACUUAGGCAACCUAGCCAAAGAGAACAACAUGGGAUAGCACUUUUGUAACAUCAGGAUUGACAGAUAAAUUGGAAAGAAUCAAACUAAAAAACACAUAUAACACUAUGCAAGUUAAAUCUAGUUCCACUGCUGUUAGGGAUGAGAUGAGUCAGAGCGAGCAUGAUAAUGAUAACCCUGAUCUUGACAGAGAAUAAUCAUAGCAUUCAAAAGCAUCCUCUGAAAUAAAAGAGGAGUAUAGUGAGUACGAGGAAGAAAGAUUUGAUAGAGUUAAAGACCUAGAACAUCAUAUUGCAAGGAGCCUCAACUAUUAUGGUGGAGAUAGAAGGCAGUUAAGUCAAAUCAAAGAAGAUAAAGAUGAGGAUGAAGAAAAUCUAGAAGAUUCUUCUAAAGCUCUUAUUCUCGGGAACUAAAAAAGCUCAAGCAAAUCUGUUACAGGCUAGAAUUUGCCGAACAUUAAUGCUUACAGAAAGAGUAAAUCUUAUAGCAUUCUAGGUAACUAGCAGACAUAAGAAUUUUCAGGAGAAAAGCCUACUCUAAACAAAGAAUUUUCUAAUAUGAGCAAAUAUUAUGAUGAAAUAGAAAAGAGCUUUUUGUCAUUAUCUACAGCUAAUAAAAAUGACUCAAAAUUAGCGAAAAAUGUCAACAAUUAAUAACCAGAUGAUAUAUCUGUGGUAUCAGCUGUUACAGGAGAAGAUGAGAUAGUUGAAUAAGAGAAGCCUAAAAAUUAAAGAGUUGACUUUUUCAAGAGAAAAGGUAAUCACAGUGGCUCCUAAACAUAAACCCCUAUGUCAAAGUUUAAGAAGAUAAAUGCAGCAGAUAAAUUAAACUAAAUUUAAGGCUUCUAAGAUAUUAAUACAAGAAUAUCUAGUAGUAAUAUUCCUCUUUUAACUAGUAAGCAGAAGGAAUAGUUUAGAUCUUAAGCUAAAACAAAAUCUAUAUUGGAGGAGCGAAGACAGAGUGAUUUAUAAGUGAGAGACUAUGAGGAAAGUAGUAAGUCUAGAAAUAUGGAGAGAAUUAAGAAAAUUUCCACCACAUCAUAUUAAAGUUUCACCUAUUAUCAACAAAAAAAUAACUACCAAGAAGAGGGUAAGGAAGAAGAGAGCUAGAAUACAUAAGAUUUGGACAAGUCAGAUGAGAAACCAUGA